UUGGACAUAAUUCCACUUCGGUGUCAGUGAUUGUCGUUGCUGUCAAAAAAUGUCUAUAUAUGGAAUGUAAAAAGAAAAUGAAAUCUUAAUAAGAAGGAAAACGUUUUGUGAAUAACGCUUGAGUGGUGAAGUUUUGAAACUUGAAUUUGUGUAACAGAUUGCUAUAUAAAAUCUGAGCUCGGAAGUGAAUCAAUUCAACUGAAAUACAGCUACUUUAGAUGUUAACAAGCUGCUUAGCGAUUGCCUCAACAGUGGAGAUCUCGAUUAAGUCCCCAAGUGAUGUUUUCGCCACCAUCAAUGGAAAUCUAAAUGAUGAGAGCUGUGCCACUUCACCAAUUGCCGACGCAUUGGAUACGAAAUCAUAUACAUCGAUGACAAAACAAUUGACUUCCAGCUCCUCUACAACGAAUCCCAACUGCGCCCUUCCUUCCAGUGCAGCCAAUUCAGCCGGAUCUGUUGGCACGCUUAUCCUAUCGCCUCUUUCUUCGCCAGCAGCAAAUGUCGGUUUGGCACAUACCCAACCCGAUGUGAAUGUCGUUGAGGCGGAUGGUUGUAAGGAUGCAAAAAUAUUGCAGAAGAGUACCAGUAAUUGCAACACGUUAGUGCCAAAUUCUCUUGCCGCUGGCACUUUGAGCGCUAUUGGUUCGGUAAAUGAUGUGGCAUCUUCAGCAAAGGCAGGCAGUGAUGCCAGUGGGCGUUCGGCAGCGCUGGAGCGCGCCUAUGUCCACGACGUUUAUGAGCACUGUGAGGAGCCCACUGGGCUUAUUCGACCACGAAUAGCACAAUUUCUCAACAACUUAGAGCCGGGGGCUGUCGUCUGUGAUGUGGGCUGCGGCAGCGGUCGUUAUCUUACUCAUGGAAACCCAGCCAUUUGUACAGUGGGAGUAGAUCGGUGUCAUCGCUUGAGCAAAGUCGCGCGAGAAAAAGGUGGUGAGGUUAUGAUGGGUGACAAUUUGGAACUGCCAUUCCGUGAUGAAUCAUUUGAUGCGGUCCUUUCGUUGGCUGUUGUCCAUCACUUUGCUACCACUGAGCGCCGUGUGAGUGCUCUCCGAGAGUUGGCGCGGAUAUUGCGCAUUGGUGGCCGUGUAAUUAUAACAGUGUGGGCACUUGAGCAAAGACAUCGCCGCUUUGAGUCACAAGAUGUACUCAUUCCAUGGCAGCCUCCUAAAAUUCGUAAUCUGAGCUGUUCGGAUGAGGAGGAUGAUGAUAGCUUCCUUCCACCGUAUCAUGCCUACACCGAGGAUUCAACAAAUUCAAGUCGAUCAGCUGGUGAUGGAGAUAGCUCCAGUUUGUCUUCGUCGUCGCCUGGUGAGUCGUGCUAUAGCUUUGUCCGGCGUGCUAUUCAAAAACUGGCUAGUGGCCGAAGACACCCUUGGUUUCUGGACUCAUGGACGUCCAAAGAAACAAAAAAUGACAGCAGUCUUGAUUUUGAAGAUGUGAAAGACCUACCUAUUGAACUUCGGCGUCUCGAAGACUUUGAAGAUUUUCACGAUCCACCACUUUCAGCGGGUCUGAAAUCACGGAGUCUUGGUAGUAUACUUAAUCCGCCACCGCGCCAAAUAGUGCGCUCCCGAUCCAGCGUCCCAAGUCUAGGAGGAACUAUUCUUCAUGUAGACGUUAGCCAAAAGCCGGGAACGUCGGCUGCAACUUACUCCUUACAAAAUGCUCUUCAAGCAAUGGACAAUUGCAAUGCCGCUACAGGUAUUGGCACCACAAACAACGUUUCACCAACGAAGUUAAUUAAGGCAUCCAAUGUAAAAAGCUUGAACAGUAACAAUUCAUUAGGACGACGCCCAAAGUUAAUCAAACAGAAACAAUCCCUUUGUGAUGAAGAAUAUCAACUGCCAGAACAUCCAUUUCAUAUGAUAAGUACCUAUAAUAGUAAUAAUAAUAGCGUCAGCAGCAAUUUGUACCUACGCAGCGGCUGUUAUUAUAACAGCAAUAAUGGCAACGUUAACAGCCAUACGGGAGGAGCAGCAGCGAACCUCCAGAAUUUACAACAUCAAUCGAGUCUUACCGCGCGGCAAAUGGUGCAAGCAAGUAUCUUUUUGCGAAAACAAAGUUCAUUAAAUGAAGAACUCAUGGCCGUCAACCGAUUGCGUGAAAAGGAAAGGGUUCGCAAACGUAUUCAGAAGCAGACUUCUUUAAAUGAGGCCUUUCUUUGCCGGUCCGCAAUGUUCUCUAAGAAGUUACAUGUCAUACGCGAGAGUUUCACAAAGAAAAUGAAAACUUCUACGGGCAGUUUUGAGAGAGCCACUAAAACGGGAUUGAACAAGCUGGUGCAAAACCUAACCUCUUACAUAACACCAGAAGCAACAAGUUCGGUUCCGUCAGAAAGAACAGUCGGUGAAACAGGGCUAAACAGUACCGCUCAACAGCCUGCGAACGCCCCAAAAUGCAAUAAGUAUCACCAUCAUCACCAUCACCACCACCACUACGUGCAACAGCAACUUCAACAGCAACAAUCCCUCAAUCCUCAAAAUUACCAUCGCCAACAAGGUGCCUCCAUGCAUGCCCUUGAAAAAGGUUCGCCCUCAACCAACUUGCAAAAGCAAUUGUCACUUGGAGGCAACGUUAAUAAAUACGCUGGCCCGGUAACAUAUUGCAACAGUGCUGAAUGCACCACCUCGGCUUGCUAUUGCAGCACAUACCACUAUACAGGUUGCAACACGUUUUGCACCACUAACGAUUGCCAUGAAAAUAAGGAGGAAAAGGCACGCCGACACUCGCGGGAGUCCGGUUCGGACUCCUCCAAAGACAGCAGUUUACAGUCGGAUACCAGUAUCGAGUCUGAAGAUAGUUUCGCCUCGGUUAUUUUCAUUCCGAAACCUGAACAGCAUCAGCAGCAACUUAACUACCAGCAACAGCAUCAAAGUUCUAAUUCGAGUUCGAGCAAUUCGUCUUCAAUCAAUGGUGGUGACAGCGGAAGCGGAGGUGGCUGUCAUGCAUAUGGAAAUUGUUGCCAACAAAAUAACGGUAAUUGCAAAAUACAAUCCAAUGGCAACCCUGCCAGUUGUAUUACAUGCCUUAAACAUCAACCACAUUCUCACCAGCAGCGAUUGCCCUCUGUGCCUACAUCCCCUUUGAUUAUGCCAUGCCCACCCACUCCCGCGCAUUCUCCAGCAGCCAUACAAGCGGUGGUUACUUCACCUCCUCGAACAGUAGCGGCCGUAACCGCCGCAAUGGCUAUACUGACUCCACCUUCAAACAAUGUAUGUGACGCGAAAGAAAGUCUAAAUUCCAAAAUUUACGCUAAAAAUAAUGCCGAAACCGCUGAGAAUCGAUUCAACUUCGAUGAAGCGCACAUCAAAAAACACGAAAAUUACAAAGAGGAACAAAAAGAGAAAAAUGACAAAGCUGCACAAAAGAACGAAGUCGCUGCUAAAAUAACCAAGCAGAUUAUCAAGAACCUGCCUCCUAUCCCUAAAUUUCGUAAGCAGCAAUCCCUGCAAGCAAUCCGCCAAAACUUUCCGAUAGUACGACGUUGUUCAGCCACCUCCACCUCAUCCAUACCGAGCAUACCGAAACUUAUGUCUCUUGAGCUUUUCAACCCCGCCACCGACGAUUUAGACAGCGACUCUAGCGAGGCGUCUACUCCAAACUCCAUUGAUAGCGUAAUUAGUACUGGUAAAUCGAAUACGACAGCAAUUUCCUCGGAACAAACCCAUAUGAAAACAUCACCAACAUCCGAUCAAUGUGAAGAAUUGGACCUCAAUAAAAGCGAAGAACCUGAAUCCGAGCAAAUAGCCAAAGGCAAAAAGCAACAGUAUUGCCCUGCCGAUCUGCAAAUUGACAGUGCGUUUCCUCAUAACAUAUUUUUGAAUGAAGAAGACAGUUGUCCUAUACCUCCAGCUCAGGGAGGCGUGAAUGCAAAUGUGAUUUCUGUUGCUAAAAAGGAGCAGGACUUUGCUGAGUUUGCUGAACAACUAAACGUGCAGUUAUUACGAAAAAUCGAGGACAAAAACGGCUCUGAUGAGUGUGCAACUUCAGAAGUUAAUAGCGAAACUGGUGAUAAUUUAGACACGCAUAUCAGCGCGUCGGCAGAAAGCCUAAAUAAAAAGCGCAACAAUGAGUUGCGAGACUUGUCGUCAAUCCGUGAGGAACUGCGAGAACGACGCUUAAUGUUGGCGAACCUUUCGACACAACCAAGUCUGCAGCAAUCUCCAACCUCUUCGACAUCAUCCUUGUCCUCGCAAACUAGAAGUUUCACUAUCCACGAGGAAAACGAAGAAGAAAGUGAUGAACGGAGUUACUCCCUGCAGCUGUAUGAAAAUUGCAAAAUAUCGAAAAUUAAUUACAAACGAAACCGGCCAUACAAUUUAAAUCCAGAAACAGCUUAUCUACUGCAAGAUGAAGGGGACAUAUUUGAAGAAGAAGAAGAACUCGAUGUCUUGCCAGUGCAAGCAGAACACCAGGAAACUCGAUCUCAAUUGAAAUAUCAAAGCCAAAUCAAUGCUCGGCCUAGCAAAAAUACAAUUAGGGUCGAUUCGGGCGAAUCUGGGAUAGCCGCAGAGAAGGAAGAAAAUACUAAUAAAGAGAAAGAUAAAGACAUGGAAAAACAAAAAUUACUCCACAAUCGACAAUCAACAGAAUCGUGGGGUAAUUCCAACAGCUCAACUGGAUCUCUCGAAAGCCCCUCGCAAGGGGGCGCCACAACACACCACCGCUAUUAUCACGUUUUCCGCGAAGGAGAGCUCGAUGCAUUGAUCAACCAUCACGUAACCAGUCUACACAUAGUAUCUUCAUACUACGAACGGGCCAGUUGGUGUGUGGUUGCGGAAAAGGUUCAAGUCUGGACUAUAUAAACCAAAUAACUGAACUACAACAAGAAUUUAUUUAAAAAUUACCAAAACUACUAAGGGUAAACUCGAUUUAUCCCUUUUGCUUAGUGCAAAACUCGACGCGUACAUACAUACACUUGAAUUCCUAAGCUUUUUACAUCGAACCGAAUACUUAGUCGCAACGAAAAAUCAAACAAGUGGAUUGUACUUUACAAUAAAUAGCUGCUUUUAAACCACCUUACUUUCAUAUGUAUAUACAAACAUACAUACGAAUCCCUUGCUAUUUUAGACGUUUUCCAAAGGCAAGCGCGCAUACAUGCAACGAUUUUUUCUUAAAAUAUUUGGAAUAUAAAUUAUUGUAUUGUACGAUUAUUGGUAAUUAACUGUAAAUAUACACACACAUACUUAUAUACGCGGGAUUUCAACUACGAACUAAGAAAAUACAUUAAAUAUGAAUACAAAUGUACACCAUUUAAUCACCUAGUUUUUUCGACACUUCUGAAUUAAAAUAAUUUUUGCAUUAAUAAGUGUAUAGAAAUACAUAUGAAUGUACAUUCGGAAAGCAUUCAUAUACUCUUAUAAAUAUUAACUGAAAUAAGUGUGAUUAUGCAUACUCGUAUUUGUCAUACGUACAGAUAUAUCUUUCGAAUAGGCCAAUUAAUUAGGUUAGAUAGGUUUAACUGCUGACUUCAAUAGAACUCAUAUGUAAGUACAUUUUAAGUGGUAUUGGUAGGUUUAAGUGUGUAUUUACAUACAUAUACGAGUGGGAUUAAAAUUAAAACAUAUUGAAACGUAUAUGAGUCUUUCUUAUCUACAAUAAGCGAAGCGGCCAACGGCUAAGUACUAACUCCACAAACCUACGCGCAUGCAUAUAUCUAUGUAUAUCAUAUGCAUGCACUCGCCUAUACAUACAUACAUACAUAUACAUCUACAUGUUGAUAGAUUAUUUUGAGAUUUAUAACAAUGCUAUACAAAUUUUGUUUUACUGAUUUGUGCUUGAAGUCUCUGAAUCUGUAGCCGUAAGCGAAUAGGCAGAAUACUUGAAUGCAGUGAUAUACAAAUACAUGUAGCAGAAAGCUUAUAUUAAAUGAAAACCAAUGUUGUACAUACCUAUUUAAGUACACAAAUACACGCAUACAUACGUAUGAAGUUCAUAGCUAAAAUAUGAUAUCAUAACUCACGUCGCUCGAUUAGAAGGCAUUAACGACCAGAAGUUCUUUCUUCGAAUUUAAUUCUA